GUGCUCUCCUUCCGCAUUGCUGCGUCACGCCGAGAAAUGCAUGUCUUCCUGUUUUCUAUGCUGUCUUGAUGGUAGCUUCUCUUGUGCUCCCUCACACCUUGAUCCCGAGUUCGUUUUCCACCUCACCGCUCGUUUGAGAGGAUUUGUCUGCUAUCAUACCUCUGGUAUCGUUGUCGCCAAAUCAAACCAGAUACGUGCGUGAAAUCCACCCACACAGCUCCCGCCAACUAUCCCACGCAUCACUACCUCUCGGAAGAGCGGCACAACAUAUUCGGAGAGCGAAGAAUCCGACAAGGUCAAAGACUCACCACCUGACGAAGGGAGCAGACGAGACCUCACCAGCUGCCAUCCGAUCUAUAAUCACGCCCACCCAAAACCCUCUCAACCUACCUCGAGCACAACAUCUCGUCUGCCACCAUGCCAUCGACGCCCAUCCGCCGCAACGGCAUCUUUAACACUCCCGCCAUCCGCACCGGCGGGAUCGGCGCCCUGCAAGUCGAAGCUCUCACCAACCGGCCCUUAAGCAUUGCCCGUCGCCACCUCGCCGCCAGCCAGCUGCGGAUGCGCGACAUCGAACCGGACGAGCUCAGCAGCAGCGACUGGGUCUGUUUCCUGGUGAUGCCACCCCCCGAGCGCGAGCGCUGGAUCGCAGGCUUUGUGGCUGCAAGACGGAGACGUCAGGGUAGUGCCGGUGAGAGCGAUUCGGAGUCGGAGGGACGCUCGCCGUUUUCGACUCCCGCGCGGACGUUUUCGGACAAAUCCCCUGCCUCGACUUCGGCUCCGUCAGGCUCGGACCCCGUGAGGAGUAUGCCUACCCCCGUCGCGGCCGCUUCGACGAGGUCGGAGGGAAGAGUGCCCCCUGCGAGUAUAUUUGCGCGAGGAUUCGAUCGGGAGAGUUCCGUGUCGGAUGAAGAAGGGCCCUUGGCUCAACGUCCGCGUCAUGCCCGACGGGCCGUGUCGGCUGGUGGGAUUAUUCUCGGCGCUGCGGUGCCGCCGCCGACGUACGGGGAUGCGUUGAGGUCGAGGGGGCCGCCGCCUGCUUAUCGACGAAAUUAACGUCGGGAAUGAGUUGUGCUUUCCCACAACGCCAAAUGAGUUGAUUUUCAAGAUUUUAUGGUCUGCUUUGUUCGUUUCGCAACUUGCGAUUCGAUGCUUGGUUUUUGAGUUCAGAGGAAAAGGGCGUUCUCGGGCGUUGAUUUGCAUUUCCACCUCGUUCACACGAUUUAUGAUCAGAUUUGCCAUCGUUCCAUGAAGAAUCAAAUUCUGGCAUCAAUAACUACGUAUCCUCUGAGAAAGUCCUGCAGACAUGAGGAAUAUCAACGCAGACUCCCUCGGGCCACGCGCCACCUAGAUCCUUUUUUGUAGAGCCCAUCAUCUACAUAGGCUCUAUUCGAUUUCCAGAGACGAUUUCCAUCUUCCUCUCUCCGCGAAAAAAGGGUUUAACAAGGACAGACGAAAGUCAUGCGCAUUUGUAGAGUAUAGCUGGUC